UUUUUUUUUUUUGGUGAACCCGAUCCAACUCCACUGGAGUUGCAGUCUAAAUUAUUUUCUCAUACCAAGGCCACAGGGUUCCCUGCGUUCGACAGAAGAGGGAGAGCGCGAGGUUCAGAAGUAGGAGAGCUGCGAAGUUCAGAAGGAAAAAUAUUGUGAUCAACCAUGGCGAUGGCUACGCUAAGACGUGAGGGCAGAGGCUUCAUCCCUCUGAUCUCCCCUAAUUCUAUUAAUGCUGCUCGAUCUUCGAUUCCUUCCGAGGAUUUGGUCCCCCAGGGUGCACGUUCUAUUUCAACUCAAGUAGUUAGAAAUCGGAUGAAGAGUGUGAAAAAUAUUCAGAAAAUCACAAAGGCAAUGAAAAUGGUUGCAGCUUCCAAGCUACGAGCAAUUCAAGUCAGAGCAGAAAAUUCACGUGGCCUGUGGCAGCCAUUUACUGCACUUCUUGGGGAUACUCCUAGUGUUGAUGUUAAGAAGAAUGUUAUUGUUACUAUUUCCUCUGACAAAGGUCUUUGUGGUGGAAUCAACUCUACAUCAGUCAAAAUCAGCAAGGCUGUUCGCAAGUUGAAUUCUGGUCCUGAUAAGGAGACAAAAUAUGUUAUUUUGGGUGAAAAGGCAAAGGCUCAACUUGUACGUGACUCAAAGAAAGAUAUCGAGAUAUCCAUAACUGAGCUGCAGAAGAACCCAUUGAACUACACACAGGUUUCAGUUCUUGCAGAUGAUAUAUUAAAGAAUGUUGAGUAUGAUGUUUUAAGGAUUGUCUUCAACAAAUUCCAUUCAGUUGUCUCUUUUGUUCCAACAGUGGCAACUGUACUAUCUCCUGAGGUUGUCGAGAGGGAGGCUGAAGCUGGAGGGAAACUUGGUGACCUUGACUCCUAUGAAAUAGAAGGUGGUGAGACAAAAGGCGAAAUUCUUCAAAAUCUUGCUGAAUUCCAGUUUUCAUGUGUUUUGUUCAAUGCGGUAUUGGAGAAUGCAUGUAGUGAACAAGGAGCAAGGAUGUCUGCUAUGGAUAGUUCAAGUAGAAAUGCUGGUGAAAUGCUUGAUCGCCUUACACUUACUUAUAACAGGACACGCCAAGCAUCCAUUACUACAGAACUGAUUGAGAUUAUAUCUGGAGCUUCGGCACUGGAAGGCUAAUUUUGCCCAAGUCAACUUGCCAAUUGCAAGAAUAAAGUUGUAGCCGGAGCUUAUUCAUGUUGCUCUUUUUUAACUUUCUGAAAGACAGUUUUUAUGUUGAGAUACUAGAAUAAUAUUCCCAAGGUCAAAUGUAAUUUUUGGGAGUUUUAUGAUCAUUUCUUUUUUGUUUUAAAUUUCUUGUGGGAUUCUUUGUCUAUUUGUAACUUGUUUAGUGAACGGUUUGAGGAUCCUAACAUUUCGUGGCGCUUUGGUUCAUUGGA